AUGCGGCUUUCUUAUAUUCAGACAGCUAUUAUUCUCUCCCUUUCCGGGCUUCAACAAGCAGCCGGGGCUCCCAUAGGCCGGUAUUCUAUUCAACGUCGCGAUGAAUAUGGGACUUCUUCGGCGGCCUACUACAUUGAUGAGAGAACUCCUCAAGUUGCUAGUAUCAAAGCACGUGCGGACAAAGAUCAGAAGCAAAAUCAGUUGAGCAAUAAGCCAUCGAGUGGCACCCCAUCAAACGACAAACCCCCUGCUUCAGCUGCGAAGCCAGCAUCACCAGCUACGAAGCCAGCACCACCAGCUGCGAAGCCAGCACCACCAGCUGCGAAGCCAGCAUCACCAGCUGCGAAGCCAGCAUCACCAGCUGCGAAGCCAGCAUCACCAGCUGGGAAACCAAUAGCUCCAGCUGCAAAGCCAGCAGGUGGUCAAUCAGCAGAAUCCAGCAGUACGAGACCAGACUACGGGACUAAGCCAUUGAACUUCAAUCCAUUCAAUUCUCAAGAUCCAGAUUAUCCUUAUACGUUGAAGCAACCCGAACAUAAUCCAACCGCAGAUUAUGAUGGGACACUUUAUCAAAUGUGGGAUAUCACUAAGAAAGUUGGGCCCGAAAACACAAAGCCACAAUGUGUUGACCAGUUUGGGUUUGCUCACGACGGCAAAAACCUUGUCAUCAAAUCGGCGAUGAACCACGCUGACUUGCCAAUCAAAGGAAAAAAGGCCACUCUCGCAGAACUCCUAAUGGCCACCUAUAAAUAUGCUCCCAAAGGAGGCUUUGAUUCAGCAAACCUACAAGCUAUCCGCAUUCAGGACGUAGAGGAAAAGGCAACCGCAGACUUGUUGGCUGAGAUUGACAAGGCAAUGAAUCCUGAGCUGCAAAAACCCGCAAAAGAUGUCGUGACACGCCCGGAGGGUAUGUCAAAAGCUAUCUGGAACCUCAAGAAAAAUAAAUUAAGGAAUGAAGCCAACCGGCGUGUGGCGAAGGAAGCGGCAAGUCAGGAAAGGCCCCCGCGGAUAACCAAGUUCGAUUUCAGCGACACAAGCAACCCAAAACUUUACCAAGAUCUGAAAAAUUCCGAAUGGGGCAAAUCAGUUCAACGAAUCUGCGACAAGUUCACCAAGCGGAUCGUUCGUAUUCAUGUUAACAUGGCGGAAACACAAAGUUACAUCAUCUUCUAUCUAGGAUAG